AUGAGCGAGAAAGCCACGGUCAGCGAGGCCGUCAUGAAGACAUCGACUGGUGACCCUGAGCCGUUAGACAUCGUCCAUAAUACUGAGGCCGAGAAACGGCUUCUUCGCAAAUGUGAUCUCCAUGUUGUGCCGGUUCUUACUUUCUUAUUUUUGCUUGCGUUUCUCGAUCGAAUCAACAUUGGCAAUGCUCGACUUCAGGGCCUGGAGAAGGAUCUCAACAUGACUGGGCGGGACUACAACAUUGCGCUGUUGAUAUUUUUCAUCCCAUAUAUCCUAUGCGAACUUCCCAGCAAUUUGAUCUUGAAGAAAGUGGCGCCAUCAACCUGGAUAAGCGGUAUAAUUGCAGCAUGGGGAUUCGUACUCAGUGUUAACCAAAAGUUCCCAGGGUGUGUCUACCUCAUCUCCAUGUACUAUAGGAGACAUGAACUCCAAAAGCGAGUCAACUUUUUCUUCUCUGCCAGUAUCAUUGCCGGUGCCUUUAGCGGACUACUCGCGUAUGGAAUUGCUCGCCUGGAUGGAACAGCGGGUUACAGUGGAUGGCGCUGGAUCUUCAUCAUUGAAGGACUCGCUACCGUCGUCUUUGCCGUUAUCUCAAAGUUCUUCAUUGUUGACUGGCCGGAGACGGCCAAAUUCUUGAACGACCAAGAGCGCAAGAUGCUUCUUGCGCGUUUGACUCUUGAUAAUAAGGGCGCACAAAUGAACCGCCUCGACCGACCAGCCUUGAAACGCUGCUUAUUUGAUAUUAAGAUAUAUCUCGGGAUGGUCAUGUACUUUGGAGCUGUGACCUCUGGAUAUGCUACUGCUUUCUUCACUCCUACCAUCCUCCAUCAAUUCGGCUGGGCACCGCUCAAAGCUCAAGUAAUGAGCAUCCCAAUCUUUGUUGUUUCAACCGUGAUCACCCUAGCCCUGGCCUGGGUUUCCGACGCCAUACGCCAUCGCUUUGCUUUCACUAUUUUGGGAUGCGUCAUAGCGACCGUCGGCUACGUCCUGCUUCUCUGCCAGCAACAUGUUCCCAUAGGAGCUCGAUACUUUGCUGUCUUUGCGAUUACCAUUGGCACUUUCAUCACACAGCCCAUCUGUGUGACGUGGCUCAGUAAUUGCAUGGCAGGACACUAUAAACGCUCCUUUUCUACCUCCUUCCAAGUUGCGUUUGGUAACUUUGGAGGCAUACUUGCAAGCAAUAUAUUUUUGGACUCAGAAAAGCCCCUUUAUCCGACUGGGUUUGGAACGACCCUGGCAGCAUUCUGGCUAUGUGGAAUUGCCUGUAUAAUUCUUCUCUUCGUUCUCAUCCGGGAGAACCGAAUCCGCGAUGCGGGAGGUCGAGAUUAUCGGUUUCAGUUACCGGAAGAAGAAGUCACUAAUCUCGGAGACGAUCAUCCAUCAUUCAGAUUCUCGUAUUAG